GUUACAAAUGCCUCUGUGACGUCACCAGGCCGAACAGCGGCGAGGAUGACGUCAUGCCCUCCGUUGGUCACCGCCAAAGUUGAAAGGCGCACUGUCUAAGCGAUGAUGCUCCUUCCCCUGAUGCUCAUCUUCACCCUGGUGUCUGAGUCUUCCUCCCUGGAUAACGGGCUGCUGAAAACGCCGCCAAUGGGCUGGGUGCCGUGGGAAAGCUUCCGGUGCAACACGGACUGCCAACAUGACCCUGACGAUUGCAUCAGUGAACGCUUGAUCAAAACGAUGGCGGACAGGUUGGCCAAAGAUGGCUGGAAGGAGCUCGGCUACGAAUACGUCAACCUGGAUGACUGCUGGGCAGCCAAUGAAAGGGACUCUCUGGGCAGGCUCCAGGCAAAUGCGUCAAGGUUUCCCAGUGGCAUUAAAGCCCUGGCAGAUUACGUCCACUCCAAAGGCCUGAAGUUUGGCAUCUACAGCGACUUGGGCAACCGCACCUGCGAGGGCUACCCAGGGACCACGCUGGACACCAUUGAGACGGACGCCAAGACCUUUGCGGAGUGGGGAGUGGACAUGCUGAAGUUGGACGGCUGCUACUCCAGCUCCGCGGAUAAGGCGGCCGGCUACCCAAAGAUGAGUGUGGCCUUGAACAAGACGGGACGGCCAAUUGCUUACUCCUGCAGCUGGCCUGCUUAUGAGGGAGGCCUGCCACCAAAGGUAAACUACACUUUACUUGGCCAGAUCUGCAACAUGUGGAGGAAUUUUGGUGACAUCGAAGACUCCUGGGGAAGCGUUUCUCACAUCAUUGCCUGGUAUGGAGACCACCAGGACACGCUGCAGCCGGCAGCUGGUCCAGGAAGAUGGAGUGAUCCUGACAUGCUGCUGACGGGCAACCUGGGCCUGAGUUUCGAGCAGGCGAAGGUGCAGCUGGCCCUGUGGGCUAUCCUGGCCGCCCCUCUCUUCAUGUCCUGCAAUUUGCAGACCCUCUCGGCCGAGGCCAGGGGCCUCCUGCAGAACCCACUGCUGAUCUACAUCGACCAGGAUCGGCUGGGGGUUCCGGGCAGACGGAUCGCCAAGAGUGGCCCAUUGGAAGUGUGGAAGAGACCCCUCGUGGACGACCAGUACGGCGUGGCAGUCCUGAACAACAGCACAGACGGUCUGCCCAGGCCCUUCACUACCAGCCUGGAGCUGCUGGGCAUUUCGCACUGCAAGGCGGGCUACCAGAUCUACAGCGUGCUGGACCGGACGUUCGAGGGGAGCCAGGGGCUCAACGCCACCAUCACCCUCAAGGUGGCUCCGACGGGCGUGGUCUUUCUCUUCCUCAGGCCAUUGUGCUAA